AUGGGACGCAGGAAACAAGUCCUCGACGCCGCCGUCUCUGAUUUCCGAUCUCUCGGGAUUCAGAUUAGAUGUAAAAAGCCUAUUUUCACCGCAUCUCAACUUGAGCAAAUAGCUGAAAUCCUUGUUUGGCUGCUCUUAGAUCGUGGUCUUCAAGGUCUCUCGCUUCUCCUACAAGAGAGCUUGAUAUCUGUUAAUGAAUCCUUCAAAGAGGAAGAAUGGGUUUCAAGCUGCAAAAACAUAGCAAACUCUCUUGCUUCCAGAGUGCCUCGAGACAUGAACUGUUUGAGGAUAGUGGAAUCCGUAGCAGGUGUUGAUGCUCGAAGCAAGCAUUUGAGAAGUACCAUCGCUAAUCAAAUGCUUGUUGUUUUACUUGAACAUAAGGAGAAGAGUUGCAACCUCUUCAGAAAGUACAUGAUGUUGGUUUUGUCAGAGAACUGGCUAUUGUCAAGUAAGUUGGUUGAGGAAAAGCCAGUACUGAGAGACAUGUGGGCUGUGUUUCUCAGAAACUGUUUUUGUCAGAUCAAUAGCACCGAUCUUCGGCCUUUUGCAUCAAAAGUUCGUACCAAAGCGUCAUAUCUUCUUCAAGGAUGCAGAAGCGAUUGA